CGAACCCCUGUUGUUUACUUCCACUUCUGGUGCGGAAUAAGUGGUCUUCGUCCUAGCUUUUCUUGCAAGUCUUUAACAAUAAAACACAGCAAAGAGUCCUGAUUCAAGGUGAGUUGAUUUAGGUAUUCGUUUCUUGACAUUUUCAUAUUACUAAAACAUGAGUCUGUUUAGACUAUGCAGUCAGAGUGUUAGAGUUUCUAGUGUUUUGAGGUUUCAAUCUGGUUCAGCACCACUUUACAGGACUUCUAGUUGUGCUAGUUUCCCUAGUCUCAACACGUCUGAUGUGCCUAAAAACCCACUCAACCAUUUUGUUGGAACAAGGCAUUACUCUGUUCCCAGAGUUCUAGAUUAUGUAUUCUGGCCUCUCAACAAGUGUUUGAGAUGUGUCACUUACUUUACCGGGAGAUUCGAAACUAUGCCUUUUACAAAUAAAAGGUUAUAUUAUAAUCCUUAUGUUGAGGAUAUAUGGGGUAGGGCAUUUUAUAAUAAUUCUUUUAAGAAGCUAAAUAAAUGCCAUGUGUUGUAUCCCCAAAGUCACCCGCAGUGUGUUCAAGUCGAAGCAAUUGCUAUAAGGAUCCUCGAGGCGUUACAGAGGGAGAGUGGUAGGCGCCACAAGCUGGCUGAUCGGGAAUGGAUUUUAAAAUUGGAUGGGACGAUAAAGGUUGUUAAGAAAAGGAGAGAACAAAAUGUCAAGUCGACGACUGCUCGUUUGAAGGACGGAAUAGAUUGGGAAUUUUUUGUAGUGGACACUCCUUUUUCUGAUAUUUCAUAUAAAUCUGAAGGAAGGAUUUUAGUGUAUAGCGGUUCAUUUGAUGUUUAUAAGACGGAUGAUGAGCUAGCAAUCACAAUUGCAACUGAGGUUGGUCAUAUUGUUGCUCGACAUAUGAACAGAGAACUGCUUGUUUGGGAGCCAUGCCUUCUGUAUCAUCGCCUCAUAAAUGGCGAUAACCCCAAAAAAUAUUAUCAAUUGAGCCAUGAGCAUGAAGCAGAUUACAUAGGGAUGUUAUUAUCUGCAUCCGCUGGUUAUGAUCCUCGAGUUGCACCUGUGGCUUUGCAAAAGAUGGAUAGUGGGCAUCACCUAUUUCAUUUCAUGGAGGAAAGAAUAAAGUAUAUGACUCAGCCAGAAGUGAUGCAGAAAGCAGUCGACAUAUAUGAAGAACGAAGGAAGACACGGGCUACCAACUAAGAAUUUCUUUUAUAGUUUGAGAACAGGGUUGUAUUUGAUUCGUUUACUUUUCUGCAGCAAAAAAUUCACUACCAUGCCAUCAGAUUCUAUUAUUAUUAACGUAAUGACACUACCUACCACGGUGAUUUUGGUUAUCUUGUUCUCCGCAUUGUCUUUAUCAAGCAGAAUCGGCUUGUGGUAUUAAUUUGAUAUUCCAGUGACAAGAAAGAUGUCUGCGUUUAUAACUGCACCAUUUGUAUCUGCUAUCUCAUCUCUUGGUUGUGUGCUUGAGCAAGUAUGAAAGCGGAUCCUUAUAAUGGCAUGCUUUUUAC